AUGGUAGAUUGGUGUGUACGAUUCGAGCUGCAAGGGCGGGAAUUGAAAACCUUGUCAUACCAGAUGAAAAAGCGAUUGAAAAGGCUUACAAAACCGCUCGUGCUUCUGAAGGCAAACCUCACUUUCCAAGCGUGCAAUCUUCUCAACAGAAGUCAUUUGUGGAUUUAUAAGAAGCUAGGACAUGACUUGUCGUGGCUUUCUAUGAAUGUGGGAACGAAAACAUCAUUUGUGCAUCAAAAAAAAAAUGAAGACGAGUCUAGGAAGUAUUUGAUGAAAGUCAUCCUUUCUCCUGAGUCUGUGGCAGUUUUGAUCAUUUGUAGGAGCAGCGAAUCGGUCGCCGAUAAGGGAUCAGAGUGGAAAUAUCGUCAGUUGGCGAGUUGGCGAAUUGGAAUGGGAGGCUUGGAUGCGGGUUUUGGACCAUGCUGUAUGUUUCGCUUUUGAGU